CAAAAAGAGAGAGAGAGAUUUCUGGGUUUGAAUUCUAAGGAUUCUGUAGUGUUUGUGAAGGAAGAGGCUGUUGAAGGAUGUAAAGACUCAGCAUUUUCAACGGGCUCCUCCUCAUUGACCAUCUUCUAUGCGGGAACAGUGAACGUGUAUAAUGAUAUCUCUCCUGAGAAGGCUCAGGCUAUUCACGUUCUUGGCUGGAAAUGGGCUUUCUAA